CCUCUCCACGCGGCCAAGAACAGAUGCUGGGCAUCCCCUAGUGUCACUCGCUAGAAGCAGGGCUCUCCCACGCUCGGACCCACCCACCUAGGCCCCACAGGGCUGAUAGCACUUUGCUGAAGUGAAGACCCCCCUAGAUCUUGUAGGAGGGGUCGGUCCCCACCCAGCUCUUCAGGUCACAUGGUCUGCGGCGGGCCCCACGGAUGGGUCACGUGACGGCGGCGCAGCGUUGCCUAGGCAGCGGCUGCGGGCGGAAAGAGGGAGGGGGCCGGUCCUCCGCCCUGGCCGGGCUGCCGGGCCACCCGGCCGCGACACAGACGCUAGCCACGAGCCGGAGCGGAGAACUGGAGCCAAGCGCGCUGAGGGCUAGCCAGCCAGGCCUGGUCCCCACCAUGAGUGCCGAGCUCAAUGUGCCCAUGGACCCCUCUGCCCCCGCCUGCCCUGAACCCGGCCACAAGGGCAUGGAUUACCGAGACUGGGUCCGACGCAGCUACCUGGAACUGGUCACAUCCAACCACCACUCGGUGCAGGCCCUGUCCUGGAGGAAGCUGUACCUGAGCAGGGCCAAGCUGAAAGCCUCCAGCCGGACCUCUGCCCUCCUGUCCGGCUUCGCCAUGGUGGCCAUGGUGGAGGUGCAGCUGGAGACCAAGUACCAGUACCCUCAGCCCCUGCUCAUCGCCUUCAGCGCCUGCACCACGGUGCUGGUAGCCGUGCACCUAUUUGCCCUGCUUAUCAGCACAUGCAUCCUGCCCAACGUGGAAGCCGUGAGCAACAUCCACAACCUCAACUCCAUCAGCGAGUCGCCGCACGAGCGCAUGCACCCGUACAUCGAGCUUGCCUGGGGCUUCUCUACCGUUCUGGGCAUCCUGCUUUUCCUGGCUGAGGUGGUCCUGCUCUGCUGGAUCAAGUUCCUCCCAGUGGAUGCCAAGGAUCAGCCAGGUUCGCAUAGCCACACGGGCUGGCAGGCCGCUCUGGUGUCCACCAUCAUCAUGGUACCUGUGGGUCUCAUCUUCGUGGUCUUUACUAUCCACUUUUACCGCUCCCUGGUGCGACAUAAGACAGAGCGCCACAACCGUGAGAUCGAGGAACUGCACAAGCUCAAGGUGCAGCUGGAUGGGCACGAGAGAAGCCUGCAGGUGGUGUGAGGGACCGAGGCCUUUGUGGUUUGAUACCAGCCUGCACCGGAGAGCAACCCUGAGGCCACCACGCAGCCGGUAGGAGUAGCCAAGGGGGCUGCAUGAGAUCCGCCACGCAUCACAAGAGCCACAGUGGGGAUUGCUACACAGACUGCCCAGAUGCUGCUCCAAUAACUCCAUACUCCUGUCCUCGCAUGAAUCAGGGUCCGAAAGGAGUGAAAACAGCAUCCGUUUCAUCAUGGAGGCCAGAAGAAAAAACACAACCACGUGGCCCUGGGGACUUCCUGGUCCAAACAGAUCAGAGAGCACUGGAGAUCUCAGACAUCUGGACCUUGUGAUUGGCAGGGUAGGACGGCGAAUUCCCAAAGCCUGCUGGGAGGCUGGGGCUCCG